GAGGCGAUAAAGUUAUGUAUAUAUAUUAAACAUGUACAUGGGAUAUAUGAGCUACUUUUGUGUUUAACACGAACUAUCCAGACAGUUGAUAGCACUGAUUUUGUGUACAUGUACAAGUUUAUUUGUUAAUUAUGGAUUUACACACUGUUUACCUUAUAUCAGGAAUAUAUUUAAUAACCGCCAUUUUACUUCUGAUAUUUUUAGUUUUCAUUAAACCUGCCGCAUACGGUAAAUAUUUAGAAAAUACUGGCGGUUUAGCAGUGAAUGGUAAAAUCGCUUGGUUCAUACAAGAGUUACCGUCCUUGGUUAUUCCAUUAUGGUUCCUGUUCUCAAAUACGCCGAAGGAGAUUAAAUUACCCAAUGUUUUACUGUUAUGUUUAAUAAUAGUACACUAUAUUCACAGAGCUUGUAUUUAUCCAUUUUUGAUACGAGGUGGUAAACCGUUCCCUAUAGAAGCAUUUUUGUUUGCGGUCGUCUUCUGUACCGUGAACGGGUAUAUGCAGAGUUAUCAUAUUUUAUAUUAUGCUGAUUAUGGUGAAAACUGGUUCAACAAACCCCACUUCCUGUUCGGUGUGGUUAUUUUCGUAACUGGGAUGAGUAUAAAUGUACAUUCUGAUCAUGUCCUGAGAAAUUUACGGAAACCUGGAGAAACUGGAUACAAAAUUCCACGUGGUGGAAUGUUUACUUACGUUUCCGGGGCUAACUUUUUUGGAGAAAUGCUCGAAUGGACUGGGUUUGCUUUAGCCGCAUGGUCUAUACCUUCUCUAGCCUUCACAGUGUUCACGUGCUGUAACCUUGGUCCACGUGCGCUACAUCACCACAGAUAUUAUAAAGAGAAAUUUGAAGAUUAUCCAAAGACCAGGAAGGCUCUUAUUCCUUUUAUAUUGUAAUGACGUCACACGGCUGCAACAUGAAGUAUUCAUCGCAUUCAUGCGGGCAUAGUUUUGCUUGCGAUCGGAAGUUAUUAUUUAGAUGGGCAGACAGUUCAUUUGUCAGAUCUAAAAUUAAACGUUUCAAUUUUAUCUAGGACAAAUCAGAAAAUAUCAAAAUAUUAAAAUAAAGACUAACAUGUGGGGGUAAAUUUUAGAACAUUUUUCCCCAUUUAUUUCGUUGUACAGGUUAUGUGUCAUCUAUUUCAGCGUAUCCUUUCAAA